UUGGCAGGAGAGAGACCAGACUCAGAGGAACCAGAGCCAGAGACGUCCGAACCAGCAAGACGACACCACUGUUCCUACUGUGGAAAGAGCUUUAACCAGUUAGGGGACCUAAAGAAACAUGAGAGGAUACAUACAGGAGAGAAGCCUCACAAAUGCUCCCAGUGUGGACAGUGUUUUACCUGGUUACAGAAUCUAAAACAACAUCAAAUAAUACACACAGGCGAGAAGCCUUACCAAUGCUCUCAGUGUGAAAAGGCUUUCACCCGGUUAGCACACCUGAAAGAACAUAAAAUAGUACACACAGGAGAAAAACCUUUCCACUGCUCUCAGUGUGAAAAGCGGUUUACCAAGGUAGGGAUCCUAAAACAGCAUGAAAGGACGCACACAGAAGAAAAGCCCUACCAUUGCUCCCAGUGUGGAAAGAGAUUUUCCUUAGCAAAGUACCUGAAAGAGCAUGAAAAAAUACAUACAGGAGAAAAACCUGGAGAGAAGCUUUUCCUCUGCUCCCUGUGCGGAAAGAGUUUUACCCAGUCAUCCCACCUGAAAUCCCACACAAGAACGCACACAGGGGAGAAGCCUUAUCAUUGCUCUGUUUGUGGAAAGAGUUUUUCUCAAUCAAGUUGUCUGAAAAAGCAUAAGAGAAUACACACUGGGGAGAAGCCUUACCACUGCUCCCUGUGCGGAAAGAGUUUUAACAGGUUAGAUUACCUGAAAUCACAUAACAGAACACACACAGUAGAGAAGCCUUUACACACAGUAGAGAAGCCUUUACACACAGGAGAGAAGCCUUUACACACAGGAGAGAAGCCUUUACACACAGGAGAGAAGCCUUUACACACAGGAGAGAAGUCAUAAAUAAGAUUUCUUUUUCUUAAUUAACUUGCCUGGUAUUUUUUUUUUUUUUUUUUAUGAAUAAUGAAGAAACCUGUGUCUAGUGAUGUAGUUCAGUGAUGUUCAGAAUGAACCGGUUAUAUACAUUUGAUGAAAGUGUAGUUUGGAUUUUUCAAUCUCAAGACAUUUGAAUAUGAAAUAAAUUCAUUUGAUUGUAGACUA